AAUAUACUCUUCGCGGCCGCCGGGACGAGCGCUCCCUGGAACCAGGAUACCGUCCCGUCGCCGCGGUGAAAGAAACGGGAUGGAUUUCCAAGUCGUCGUCCUCGCCGGUGGCACUUCCAAGAAUCUCGCCCCUCUCGUCUCCAAGGAGGUCCCUAAGGCGUUGCUCCCGGUCGCCAACCGCCCCGUUCUCUCUUAUGUCCUCGAGCUCCUCGAAGCCAGCAACCUCAAAGAGCUCAUCGUCGUGGUCGAAGGGGAAGACGCCGCUUUCCGAGUCGGUGGCUGGAUAUCGGGUGCUUAUGUCGACCGCCUUCAUGUUGAGGUGGCUGCAGUCCCUGAGGAUGUUGGAACAGCUGGAGCGCUACGUGCUGUGGCACACCACCUUACUGCAAAUGAUGUUCUGAUUGUGAGUGGAGACCUUGUUUCUGAUGUGCCUCCUGGGGCUGUGGCUGCAACUCACAGAAGACAUGGUGCAGUUGUAACUACACUUCUAUGUUAUGCUCCUGUCAGCGGACCUUCAGAUACUGGAUCUUCUGCAGGAAAAGACAAAGUUAAGAAAAGAAGAUACAAUAUUGUGGGGCUGGAUCCCACUAGGCAACUCUUGUUACAUAUAGCAGCAGGGGCUGAGGUUGAUAAAGAUAUUCGUGUACAGAAGAACAUGCUCCGUGCUGUAGGUCAGUUGGAAAUCCGUGCUGAUCUCAUGGAUGCUCAUAUGUAUGCAUUCAAGAGGUCUGUUCUGCAAGAUGUUUUGGAUCAGAAGGAUGCAUUUCAUAGUAUCAGACAGGAUGUAUUGCCAUAUCUUGUCAAGACUCAGCUGAGGUCAGAAAUAUCGGCCAAUGGGUUAUAUAAAGUAGAAGAUAAUGCAAACGGCACAGUUUCCUCCCAGAACAACUUAACAUGGAUGUCUCAACAUCGAGAAAUUGCCCCAUCUGCAUUUCAAGCGCUUCUUGCUUUGAGUCCCAGGUCUCCAGAAAAUGUUCUGAGAACGCAUAAAUGCUGUGCUUAUAUUGCAAGCAAAAGCAAGUAUUGUGCUCGUUUGAACUCCAUUCAAGCAUUUAGUGACAUUAAUCGUGAUGUGGUAGGAGAGGCUAGUCACCUUUCUGGUUAUUCUUUCUCUACACAAAACAACAUCAUUCAUCCAUCAGCGGAGCUCGGAUCUAAAACUACUGUUGGUCCCCAAUGCAUGCUUGCAGAAGGUUCACAGUUGGGUGACAAAUGUAGUGUGAAGCGAUCCAUCAUUGGGCGCCAUUGCAGGAUUGGUUCAAAUGUAAAGAUUGUAAACUCCGUUGUGAUGAAUCAUGUAACCAUUGAAGAUGGGUGCCUUGUUCAAGGUUCUGUUAUAUGCAGUAAUGUGCAUCUUCAAGAGCGUGUUGUUUUGAAGGAUUGUCAGGUUGGAGCAGGUUAUGUUGUUACAUCUGGCAGUGAGUACAAGUCAGAGCCCUUGGCAAGAAAGUAGAAUUAGCUGUCUUCAUAAGUUUUCUACCUGCAUAGCUGGUUUUCUUUCUCUGUUGAGAGAAAGUUUCGGCUCUUGUAUCAAAAUAUUUUGAGGUGAAAAGAAAAACAAAGAAAAGAACAUCAAUUGUUAUAUGUGGACACCUUCUGCACUUCAAAAUUUGUUCUCUCCUUUUUUUCUUUGUACUUCAUGUGAGCAUCUCAAGAUCUAAACUGUACACAGCAUAUAUUUUGCUAGUGUAAAAAAUAAUUCUUUUCUGUUAUUUAUAUUCAACGUGGAGGAAUGCUUGGAUUUCUCCAUUGUGACUAACAAUCAACAAACAUAUGCAUCGGAUGGUGUAUGUGCUCUGGCCAGAUUCAUGGUAUAAUGGGUUUUCAACUA